AUGUGUCUAUGCCUUGGACCAUUUAAAUCUGGCAAGACUGUUCUUAUGAAAAGUCUCCAAGGAGACGAUAUUGACGACGCGACUCAUACUGUACCUACCAAUGGGAUAAAUUUAUUUACUGUUAAAAAUGAUACCGGUGAGUUCGAUAUGGUGAUUAAAGAAAUCGGAGGUAACAUGGCACCGAUAUGGAAGCAUUACUUUGACAAGAUUCACAAAAUAAUCUAUGUAGUAGAUACCAGCAAUCUUUGCCAAAUAAGCGCGGCGGGUGUGUUGCUUUAUUCUUUUCUCGUGGAGCCAAGAUUGCGAAAUGUUAAAGUAGCACUCGUUUUAAACAAAAUGGACGUUUCGUAUCGUCAGAUGAGAAACGAAGCUUUGCUGAUGUUGCAAUACGUGCGUUUACAAAGAGAAGUGACGCAGAAGAUCACCGUAUUAGAGACUAGCGGUAUGACCAGCCAAGGCGUAGAGGAUUUACGUAGCUGGUUAUUCGAUCCUGACACGCUGAAAGCCACUCUCAAUGCCAACAAAUGAGCGACAAUUGUCAAUUAAACGACAAGACCUCAA